ACAAACGUCCCAAUCAGCGUGCAUAAGAGCAUGAAUUGUGGGGGCGAGCGAAAAACCGGCGCGACAGCUCCGUGUAAUGUGUGUGUGCGUGAACCCUUGAACGAAUUUAGUGCAUAGGCACAAAGCAUUAGUAACAAAACACCUGUUGAGUUCAAACUAGCACGCGAUCAUUAGUUUAUCCGCACUUGACAUUAGCAACCUCGGCUCAUAGACACAAAACAUUGUCUGAUAUCUCUGCCCCUCAAUACCAAACGAUACUGAUUCUUCGGAAGCAUAUUCGUAGGGAGAAAAUCAUAAAAAUGGAGAAUUUGAUAAUCUGAUCAUCUUGCACCGUGAGCAGAGGCCACCAUGUCACAUCUACGCUCCGAAAUAUCCAAUAUUCUUAAUAUUGACGGGAUGUUUUCUGCUGGUGGAAAGUACCCAAGAGCAAAGACUAUGCAGGAGACGGAUGUCCAUAAACCCGUGUCUGACCCGGGGCCUUUCACACCAAGAGACCCACUUCUACCGGGUGUCCCGCAACCCUUCGCUGUCAUCAGUGAACAUUGGUCGGAUAGGCUACAUCUCCCGCUCUAUGACGACAAUGACAUCUUCAGUUUUGGCAAGGUCUACGAGGACGCCAUGUACAAGUUGGUCCACAAACAUCUGGAGCUGGAUACCCAUGACCGCUUCGCGUACGUCGGCAACAGCAAAGGCAGCUUCGCGGAAAAGCUCAAGGAAAAGUUCUGCUUACUUCAACCCAUGGUUAACAUAUACCCCGGGUUGAUACACUACGAGGAAACCAGCAACCAGAGAAUGUUGCCGUUUAAGAUCAAGCACGUCGGCGCUGAAGAAUACUUCCGACAGCUGUCGAUGGAUUUAGAAGGUAAGAAAGAUGCGCCAUUUGACAAGAUGAUGCUGAAAGACGCCAGUGAACAUUUUACGAAUCCAGCGGUGACAUUUGCGCAUAUAAUGAGAACGAUCUCUUCCUUAGGGAAAGUCUUAAUUGUCCACCGACCGGGACCAAUGAAUACAUUACCUUUGUUUUCAGCAGCAAAUAAACGACUAACCGAAGAAGAUAACGACGAACCGUAUACGAAACUUAUCAAAAGCUUGCAGCAAAUCCGAGUCGACGUUCGAUGGGAGAUCGAGACGCUGCCAAUCGUCAUGCCGAAAGCAAAAUGGUUAGCAAUGCUACAGAAAAGGUUCCCACCACAGAUGGAGAUUGCGAGUCAGGGGCAAGUGCAACAGGGUGUACGCGAAUUGACAGAAGGGAUGCUGAAAUACGCGGGAGAAACAGUCGAAUUUUAUGACCGCCUGCUCUUCAUCACCGCCUGUCAUCCGAUGGUCGAUUGCGGAUACCCGAGUGUCCAGAGAAGUGGUGCUGCUGCAACGCAACCGUAUCCGGGAUUGCUGAAUCAGAAAUACACCUUGACCGUCACGCCGGAUAUCUAUAAACAUUUACGAGAGUUGGAGAAGAAACCAGCUGAAAAGAAGAAGAUUAUUAGGUGAUGAUGUGCCUCUCUGAUUAUUCCCUUUAUUUAGUGCCAUAACAAGUAGCUGUAAUCAAUUCAAUUGAAUGAAACGGAUAGAAAAUGCAGAUUGAAAUCAUUGAUGUAAACUUUCACAUGAAAAACUAUGCGAGUAGACAAUACCUCAAAGAAUUAUCAAAGAAUUAUCAAAAUAGUUUUUCAUCCUAAUUUCAUACAGAUGUAUAAGACUAUAUAGUUAUAAACGCUUAGACUGAUUAUAUCACAGGAAUAAACUGUUGUCUAAGAAGAUAGAAGAGUAUUGAUUGAAAAUAAUUGAGAACUCCGGGUAACAUUAAGUUUAGCCAUUGAUCUCGGGGCUGGUUUUACGACUCAUUAUACACAAUAAUCAAUGUAUAAUCAAUCGUAGAAAUCAUCCCACGGUCAACCAACUAGAUCCAUGUCAAGUGGCCCUGCAUGACUGGCCUUCCUGGCAUAGCAGCAACAACUGUAUUUAAAGCGAUAUCGUCGCGCAAGCAUUAUCCAUUCUCACUGACAGCAAAAAAAAUCUAUAUUGGUGAAUGCAAUCCUUCACAUCAUGUCGCCUAGCACAAACCUACUUUGGGUUAUUAGAAGGUAAUGGUCUAUUGGAUACAACCUUGAAUGAGAAUAGUCAUGUUUACAGUCAUUAAUGACAGUUGAUGUCCUUUACCAGGCAACCUCCCCGAGUGAACGUGAACAUCUGCUGUUUUUAAGACACGGUUAAUCAAUAAUCGAUAACAAUCGAUACAGAGAAUGUGAUUGAUUUUAGUGAUGGAAGAAUGGUUUGAUUCAUAUGUCAAAGAGAUCUAAGGUAUUUUUUUGUGGAUAGGAAAGAUCUACUUUUGGGAUAAAAACAAAAUAUAUUGGCGUUAGCAGAAUGACAAUGAUAUAAUGAUGUAAUGUAAUAUGGAAUGUGUCAGGAGAAAGAAUAGGUAACCACUCACGGGCUCACAAAUUGAAAAAAAAAAGAAGUUAACCCAUAAGUCCAACAAAGAAAGGAGAGUUCAAAUGUGUAUACUAAACGAAACACUGGUGUACAUUUUAGGGCGAAAUCGUGCACCCUAAGUCAGUAUGAAAAGGGCGAAAACUUGAAUUUGCGAAGAAUGUGCAUUUUGCAGAUACACCACGGACGGGGUGACGGCCGACUGUGAAAAAAAAAAAAUCACCGUUUGGGGGUAUUGUUUACACUCUACACUCAGCAGCUUCUUUUUGCCACUCUAUAAAAUGCCCACUUGUAUUUCGUCUCAGCACCUUUUUAGCAUGUUUAGGGUGCAGCUUUCUCCAUCAUUAAAUGUGCAAAAAUGUCUGAUCACGCAUUUGCACCUCCCGGUGUGCUGCUUUUGUACAUUUAAUACCCCUAUGGUUGAAACUCGAAUGCCCAUUUCUUAGUCAUUUACUGUAAUUUGUUUCUUAAAAAAAAGGAAUCCCACGCCCCAUGUUUAUGAAGAUAUCAAGUCUAUGUUAGACCUUUCGUUGCUGUUGUCUGAAAUGGAAAUUGCCUCCAUGCACUAUAAUCAUUAAAGGGCCAUUUUUUAUUUUAAUAUUUAUUAUUGCCCCACCUGAUUGGAACCGUUUAAGAUUCUUCAAAGGGUCAGUAAAGAGGUUUAAGCAAAGAGUUAUUUGACAUCAGUAGGCCCUAUUUUCUCUACAAGUAAUGUCUCCGCCAGGUUUGCGGUUCAUGAGAGAUGUGAAUAUUUCUUUAUAUAUUUAUUCUGAAAGUCAUAAGAAGGGCAUUGCAUGUUUUAAAACGCAACCAUUUUCUAAAUAUAAGUUUAUUUUAUUUGUGGUAGUGUUGCGUGAACUUUUUUGUAGUCUAUGUAAACGAAGUUGUCUAUCAUUUUGUUCAGAUACUUAAGUUUAUUGACGAACAUUUUGCAAUUACAAUCCGUCCAAUAAUUUUCUAAAUAACAAAAAGAUUGUAUUUACCUGUAUUUCAAUGUAGAUAAUUUCAUUGGUGUACAAUACAUGUUGCUAAAAGUAAAAUACCAAGGGUUAACUUGGUCUAAUUUAGCAAGCAUGCAACCUUGGAGGGAAUAUCAAGCUCGAUGUAAAUUUUCAAGUUUGUUUACAAGUAAAAUUGAAUACAUUAAGUUAGACAUGUUUCAUAAGAAUCAAUAUUAUCUGUAUAGAUAGUUUUAUUUAUUUCUCUAAUUUGACAUGCAACUGUAAUGUUUACAUGAUGGUCUUAUGCAAAUAUGCAUUCUAUUCCAUGCAAAACCUUGAAUGAUUUUGAUCAAAUUAAUUGUAAUCCAGUAUUCGUCUUGUGCAAUCUAUAUUGAACUGUGUGUGCGUGAAAAAUAUAUAAAGCAAUUUUGUAUAUUUGUCGUGUAUUUUCCCCGUUAAACCUUCUUUCAGAAGAGUUUUUUUUUAAAUAAUAUUAUGCUUCCGUGAUCUAUAGUAGUAGCUCUACUUUAAGAAAUUCUCAUUGUAACAAAAUCACAGAUUUAAGGUUGGGAUUAGAAAAUAUGAAUUUAAAUGCUCGGAGUACAUUAUAAAAAAAAUUAACUCCGCAAGCACGUCAGCAAUAAAUCAGUUUGGGCGUCUUUACAGGGGUAUCCCGGACUGAAAAUAAUUAUAAAAAUAUUUAUGUAAAAGGUCUCCCUCGAUGUUGCUUGUAUUGAUCAGUUGUUCCUUUUCUUAAAUUGAAAAACAUAUAGGGCUCGUUGAGAAUGUGUUUAAAAUUAAUAUGCAAUACAAAAGAAAGCAACCCACAUUCCAUACUAUUAUUCUAUGUUUUCUACUUCAAGAGAUAUUUUAGUAUGUAAUCAUGUGUUUUAUUUAAUAAAGUAAACGAAAGUCAAAUAA